AUGAUUGCUAAUUCUUUUGAUUCUUUUGAUCGAUCAAUUUUUGAGUGUCAAUUGAUAAGUUAUACAUCGUAUCAAAAGAAUGGCACCAAAUAUAUAAAGAGCCGUAAAAUGUUGGAUGAUAAAUUGCUGCAACAACAAUUAAAUUCUUGCGCAGGAGAGAUUUUUAUUACCGGCAUAUCUAGAGAAACUAGAGCCGAGCGAAUAGCCGAAAUUGCUUCCUUAUUAGGAGAACUUUAUCUAUUACGUUUCAAAGUGGAUUACUCCGGCAAAUCACGUGGUUUUGCCUAUUUGCAGUACAUUGAUCCGAAUUUCAUGCCUACUGCUUUAAUCCAACUGCCUCUUUUAUUUCGCCAAUAUAAAUAUACUAAGAUACGUGUAAGACAAUCGAGCAACAGGUGCAAAUUGUUGCUAAAAGGAAUAUGUUGCAUGCCACCCGAAAUAGUGUUCGAUAUGUUGAAACAAUCAAUUAAGUUCGACAAACUGGUGGGUCGUGAGAUAUAUCCCGGAUACUUUGAAUAUCAAAUCUUAUUCAGUUGCAAUGUAGAGGCCGUGUAUGCACGUCGCGAUUUAUUAAGAAGCAUAAGAAAAUUUGGACGUAACGCUACUGUUUUGUGGGAUAGAUAUGGUUAA